AAGCGCCACCAAAACAUUUCAAUUUGAAAUUCAAACGGCUGUUGUGUCUGCAGCGAAACAAGUGUGAAUGCGCGUAUUGGUACACAUUCAAGCCAUAUGAAUAAAGAGAACACCUCCCGACUACCAGUCAUGUCUGGUAAAAGGGUUCUCUCCGCUAGCAGCAGUGAGAGUAUAAACUGCUCAGACCAACAACCUGCUCAGAAAAAGAUGAGAAGAAUUGAUUCAGACCCAAAGAUGAGACAGACCGCAAGUGCAAUGGGAACAAAGAGGCCCCUUCCACCAAAGCGAGCUGUUGCAGCCAAAUUGAUUCGGCAUACAGGAGCAGCCACUAUAGCUGCUGGUCCCUCUAGAGGGUUUCAGAAGCCGCCCAUUGCCUCUGUUGCUAAAGCAGCACCAAUAGCAGCUGUUGGGGGUUCACGGCGGCCUGCAUGGGACCUGAAGGGAAAAGUUACGGACAUGGAGGGCAAGAUUUCCAAUUACCAGAGCAAAGUCAAAACGGUGGCCCAGGAGAACGAGAGCCUGAAGGAGUCUGUAGCUAAAAGCAGGCAGAAGGAAGCACAGAUGACUUCAGACCUACAAGAGCUCCACACACAGCUCAGCCAGUAUGAACUGGAGCUGGCUGCCUUGUCUGGUGUCAAAGAGCAGCUGACCAUUGUGUCCAGUGAGAAGGCCUCCCAGGAGAAGAUCUUAUGCAACCUCACUGAGGAGCACAAAGUCCUUCUGGGCUUGAGGGAGAGUCUGGAGGCUGAGCUUCACAGUGUGCAGACCCAGCUCUCUGUGCAGGCCUCCACUCUCUCCCGUUGCCAGACCACCCUGAGGGAGACCCAGGACACUGUCCGCAACUUGGAGGAGACUGUGGCCCGCCAGACAGACGAGAUUCACUGUGGAGAGAUGGAGCGCAGGGGGCUCCACAACACAAUCCAAGAGCUCAAGGGAAACAUCAGAGUUUUCUGCAGAGUGCGCCCCCUGCAGGCCGGCGGGCAGAGUGACCAUAUUCAGCUCCCUGCCCACGACAACAAGGCUCUCACACUGGCCAAGACUGAAGAGUCUCACAUAGGGCGCUCCGGAGACACCCAAAAGAGCUACAACUUCAGCUUUGACCGGGUGUUUGGGCCCUCCAUCCCUCAGAAGGAUGUGUUUGAGGAGAUUUCCCUCCUGGUGCAGUCAGCCCUGGAUGGCUACAACGUCUGCUGCUUCGCUUACGGCCAGACGGGCAGUGGCAAAACCUACACCAUGGAGGGUGGUGAGAUGGAGGACAUGCGUGGGGUCAUCCCCCGGGCCGUGCAGCAGAUCUUCCAGGCCUCCAAGAAACUGCGGGAGCAGGGAUGGAAGUUUACAUUUACUGCCAGUUUCGUUGAGAUCUACAAUGAAACUCUGCGUGAUCUCCUCUACACUGGCAAGGCCAACAAGAGACCGGAGCAUGAGAUUCGCAAAAGCGCCAACAACGAGGUCACUGUCACCAAUCUGACCUACCAGAAGGUCAACUCUGAGGAUGAGGUCUGCAACCUGAUCGCACUGGCCAACCAGAACCGAUCCACAGCCCGGACCAACAUGAACGACCACUCCUCCCGCUCGCACUCGGUGUUCCAGCUUGACAUUGAGGGCGAGAACUCCGGGAGAGAUGUCAAGUGCAAAUCCUCUCUGUGUUUGGUGGACCUGGCUGGCAGUGAGCGGGUGCAGAAGAGCCAAUCCCAAGGGGACCGCUUCAAGGAGAUGACAGCCAUCAACGGCUCCUUGACCAACCUUGGGAUUGUUAUUGCUGCCUUGGCUAAUAAGGAGAGCUUUAUCCCGUACAGAAACUCAAAGCUGACGUACCUUCUCCAAAGCUGCCUCGGAGGAAACAGCAAGACCUUGAUGUUUGUCAACAUUUCCCCAGAGGCAGACAGCUUCCCGGAGACGCUGAACUCUCUGCGGUUUGCCAGCAAGGUGAAUGAUUGUGUUAUUGGCACAGCAUCAGCUAACCGGAAGUAAAUGCAUCCUGUGGAGAGAAAUUAAUGUGGUGUCUGUACAUUGUGGUUUUUAGACAUAUGCCCUUGUAUUGGUGGUUUCAUUUUAUAUUAUUCAUUUUUAAUCAAUUGGAUCAGAUAUACAAUGAUCAAUAAAAGCUCAUUUUUUAA